UAAUCUCCAACAUGGCUACUGAAUAGACCGGCAGCAAUGGGUUCCAGGAACCUGCUACUACCAUAAUCUAGCACGAAUUAUGUCUGGAGCUGGCGGCCCUGCCAAUGAUGACAGCUCGGUCAGGCGAGGGGAAAGUCGCUCGAGCCGCCGGUUCCAGAUUCUUGAAGCACAGGGACUCAUUGUAGGCAAAACACUGGGAAAUGGCUCGUACGCUUGUGUGAAAGCCGCCUACGACGUAAACAAGAAAGCUAAGGUCGCCAUUAAAAUCAUAUCCAAGAGAAAAGCACCCGAGGACUACCUCACGAAGUUUCUUCCGCGGGAGAUUGAAGUCGUCCGGAUAUUGCGUCACCCAAAUCUUAUCAAGUUUCAUCAAGUGAUUGAAACAACUACGCGUUUUUUCCUCAUUAUGGAAAUCUCUGAAAAUGGCGAUCUUCUAGAACACAUCCGUAAGAGGAGAGUGAUUGAGGAGAAACUGGCAGGGAGGUGGAUGAGGAACCUUCUGGACGGGAUCUGUUACAUGCACAGCAAGGGAAUAGUCCACAGGGAUCUCAAGUGUGAGAAUUUGUUGGUGGAUAACAACUUGGAGCUCAAGGUUACAGAUUUUGGUUUCGCCAAAAGGUUGUUCCGGACCAAAGGGAAUGAAGUUGUUCUGAGUGAGACGUAUUGUGGAAGCUAUGCUUAUGCACCCCCUGAGAUCCUCAAAGGCGCCCCGUACAACGCUUAUUGUGCUGAGGUCUGGAGUAUCGGGGUCGUCCUUUUCACGAUGGUUUAUGGCAGAUUGCCAUUUGAUGACUCUGACCACAAGAAACUGCUGAGGCAGGUACAGGCAAAGGUGAUGUUCCCCUCCAAGCCAGAAGUGUCAGAGAACUGUCGCAUCCUCAUACUGAAGAUGCUGACCAAGCCCAGUGACCGGAUACCUGUAGCGAAUAUAAGGUUUGAUACAUGGUACAAAACCCUGUGUGUACUUCCGGAUGAACCUCAGACAAGCCCAAACAAGGAUAUCCACAGUCUGCCGUCUGCUCCACAACUGCCUGAUCUGGAGUCAAGAGGCUCCACUGCAGCAACUAUAGACACACUACCAGAAGAAGCUGAUACAGUAGCUAAGGUCAAGGCACUGGGUCAGAUGCUGUCUCAAGAGCAGAAGACUGGAGCGGGGGCUGGAUCCAUGAGGGAGAACUUCUCCGCGGAGGUGGAAAGAGCACAGCGGCAAAAAGCCAAAGAGAUUAAGGCACAAGCUGUUGAUGGUGGAAAGUACUCCCUCCGUGGUAUUGUCGCCAUUUCAGUAUCCAUACGAAAGGUGAAAGGAGAGUCUAAGCUGAUGUCUUAG